AUGGAGACUUUUCAAUUCCUGCCUCAUACGUUUAUGGCAUUAACCGGGCUUGCAACGGAUGUCACAACUGUGCUGGAGCUUUUCAAAUUCAAGACCAAUUUGUAUAAAUUGCGCGAGGAGCACUAUAUAGAACCACUGACUUUGGCCAAUUUGGUAUCAUCGCUGCUUUACGAACGUCGAUUUGGUCCAUGGUUUGUGAGUCCCAUUGUUGCUGGAUUGGAGAAAGUUAAAGGAAGUAAAAAUGGAGAGGUGAAGCCGUUUAUUUGUGGGUUCGAUUCGAUUGGAUGUAUUGAUUAUUCACAUGACUUUAUUGUUUCCGGUACAGCAACCGAUCAAUUGUAUGGUAUGUGUGAAGGUCUAUAUGAACCAAACUUGGAGCCAGAAGAGUUGUUUGAAACAAUUAGUCAGUGUUUGUUGAAUGCAGUUGAUAGAGAUGCAUUGAGUGGGUGGGGAUGUGUGGUACAUAUCAUUACCAAGGAUAAGGUCAUUAAGAGAACUUUGAAAACAAGGCAGGAUUAG